GUACCAUUACAAUGUGGCGGACUCUCGCUUGCAACAGCAUGUUGAGAAGGGCAAUGAUGAUGGCUUGUACAUCAGCAGUGUGGCAUCGUGUCAGAAUCUCUGGGCUCUGAUCAUGGAUGCAGGGACGGGAUUCACUGCACAAGUGUAUGAAAUGUCACAUGUGUUCUUGCCCAAGGAGUGGAUUAUGGAGCAGUGGGAAAAGAACUAUUACAUCAGUGCAAUCGCGGGUGCCAACAAUGGAAGCUCCUUGGUGGUUAUGUCAAAGGCAUCUUCAGAAAGGAACAAAGAAGAAGUAGAAGAAUGGGAACUAAUCGGGUGAAGAGGCGAAGGGGGGGACUCGAUGAUCGGUCAAUAUGAGGCGAAGACCAUAUUUCAACAGUAUGUGAGUGUAUAUUACUAUCUUGCUGCGUACCGUUGAUGCGGAACGAUGGGCAUAUCUGUGAGAAAGUUUAUCUGAUUCAAAGCCGACCGAGUUGUCACGGUAUGUUGAAGCGCGUGAUUGACGUGUGAGACGAAGUAAUGAAGGGAUCUUGAAGACAUUGCACAAUAGUGGACACAUCGUGAAUGCACCACAGAUGAGCGGACGUUGAGGACAUGGAAGGAGAGCAGUUCCCCGACCAGAUGGAAGGCAAAGACGACGGGAAAUUGGAAUGCCAAGCCAUGCGAGGAAAAUCGUAGAGUUGACACUUUGUAGUGUGCAGCUUGUUCAUGUCCAUCCACUAACUGGGUCAGCUGAAGUGAUGAGAUGAGCACCGAAAGCUCACCCCUGGCGGCACAUCAUGUAGCGGGUACCUCAAUUCUUAGGGGAGGUGCUGCUCAUACCACCCCGUCUGGCGCUCAUUGCUGGUUUGCCUGCCGAAUGUCCGCUGCAGGUGUGAUUAGAGUUCGGCGGAAGUCCAGGGGUUCACAGCGUGUUUCUGUUGCUGCGGGGGGACAGGAAACUGGAGGAACGAAAGUCCUUCCGGCUGAGAUUGUAGGUUGUUCGGCCGGGGGCAGGAGAC